GGAUAAAGAAUGGCUGACAUAAAAGCGCUUUUAUUUUAUUGAAAAUAUUUGAAAUAGUAGCUUUAGGAUAAAAAUGGUAUUAAAGUCAAUCGUUUAUGAGAGAAACGAACGUUUAUUUAUUUAUUUUUGUGAGCAUACGGGCGCAUCCAUGUUAACGAUUUAAUUCUCGCGAGACCGAGAAUGUGAUGUCAUAUACCCACUUCCGGUUAAAUCGCGCGCUAUGAAAAAUAACAACAACAACUCGACUCUGCUGGAUUUUUCCCCAUUUAUUUCACUGUGAAAUAAUUAUUUACGAAAAAUUUUAUUAACUGAUAGCUUGAAAAGUGUGUAUAUAUCGUGUAGCUAUAAUUGAAGUCAAGAUAUGUGACCGGAUCACCUGUGUAUCGAAAGUAAAUAUGACGCUGGGCCAGGCUUAAUUGUGUAAACAAAUUGACUCUGGCUUUCUCUGCUGGAUUUUUUUUUUUGUUAUAAUCAUUGCGAAAAUUCAUGUAAAGUGUGUUUAUAUUGUGCAGCUAUAAUUUAAGUCACGAUAUGUGACAGGAUCAUCUGUGUUUUGAAAGUUAAACAUGCCGCAGUGCCAGGCUUUUAAUUGUGUAAACAAAAGUGGAUGUGGGAAAAGUUUUUUCCCUAUUCCGGAUCCUCUUAAAUCUUACGAUCACAGGAAAUUGUGCAAGAAAUGGAUUGAAAACCUUCACAACAAGAAAUUAAAUCUGCAAACAUUUAAAGCUCAUCGACAAAAGGUUGUGUGUGAGGACCACUUUACGGAUGAUUGUUUUGAGGGCCCAUACACAUGUAAAGUGGCACAAUCUCUGAAUUUUAAAAGUAAGAGAAAGGGACUAGUAUUCGGUUCUGUUCCGACCAUUGUUAAUGUAAACAAUCACUCAACCACUAAGAAUCGACCUUCAAUAGAUAACAUUCGUUUGAAACGAUUAAAAGCACAGUUAAAGGAAGAACUAAACAUACAGAAACUCGCACCGUUUACUUCUGAAUAUGCUUCUGUGAAGAAAGUUGAAAAGACAGCACUAGAUGAAGAAAGACUUGAAAUUUCUGCACUAAAACAGCGGGUCGGUUCUAACCUAUAA